AUGAGGCUUAGACGGUUACCACAAAGUGAAAUACUCGAGGAAUUACUAAGAGAAGACGAAGAAGAAAGUGAAUCAGAGCUCAGCGACCAAGGCUCUGAAACUUCCGACCACAUCGUUGCGGAGGAACCUCGAUCUGCUGAGGAAUCAAACUGCUCGGACUCAGAAGAGUAUGAUUUGCCACUUUCAGAAAUAAGUAUCUGUUUUACAGGUGGCGAUAAAGUAACGAAGUGGCAAAAAUCUAACAAUAACAGAGUGAGGCGUCAAGUUCAAAAUAUUCUCACGGAAGAUGCGGGCACUCGUAGGAAUGGUGUGGGAGUGACAACAUUUACGCAAGCCUGGAGUUUAUUUAUUUCAGAGAAUAUUAUUGAAAAAGUUGUUAGAUAUACCAACGAUAUUAUUCAAAAAAAAAAAGCGCCAUCGUAUAACAAAAUACGUGCCUGCAAACCGACAGAUGCGGUGGAAAUUCGAGCACUUUUCGGAUUGUUUAGCACCGACCAAAGUGCAUUUCUUACUCCACUGCAAAAAGCACGACGGGCAUUACGACUUGCAUUAAAAAAAACUGCUCAAAACUUGUGUGUUCAGAAUUCACCAAAACGAUUUUCCAGCAUUACACAUGAUUUUGAAGAUGCACGAGAUGAUUUUUGUGAAGAAGAAAGUAUUUCCAUUGACUGGCAAAUCCCCAAUAGCCAAAGCAAUGAUAUACAGAAGGAACAAGACAGUACAGAAAAAGAUGAUCAAGAAAAUGAUUUUGUUAUUAAUAACAUUGAACUGCAAAAAUAUGGGAAUAAGGCACAAGAUAACAUAAUGAGUUUUAGUGAUGACUCCUGUCAACAAAAUGUUGAUAGUUUCCCUGGCCAGUUUUUAAAUAUGCCAGACCUUGACCCUGAACCAUCAGAUGUAGCUUCUGGUGUUGAGCUAUUAGCAGAAUUCAACAUAGAAGAAAAGAACCAUGGCAUUACAAGUAAAGCAGAAACUGAAACGAAUGACCAACAAUUUUUAAACUGUGUACUCCCAUCCAUAAGCAAUGAUCAUAAUGAUGAUGUGUCUAUAGCAGAGAAGCACAGUGCAAAUACAAAUCACUAUCAUAGUGAAUGGGAUCAAAUGUUUAAUGAUAUUAUGACCAGCAAGUGUUCCACACAGGAAUGUUCAUCAAAUUUAAAGGAGCUCUAUACCCAAAUCUCUCAGACAAUUCAUUUGUAA